AUUUUCCGGUCAUGUGAUCUUCAACGCCAUAUUGGAUAGGGGCCACGAGGUUUAGUGAAGAAAAAUAAGAUUUACCGGAUUUUUGUGAAAAGUUAAGCAUGCCCUCGAGUAAUCCUUUACCACCGAAAGAAAAUGCACUUUUUAAACGGAUACUGAAAUGCUAUGAACAAAAGCAAUACAAAAAUGGGCUAAAAUUUGCAAAACAAAUUCUCUCCAAUCCAAAAUAUGCAGAGCAUGGAGAGACACUUGCGAUGAAGGGUUUGACCCUGAACUGUAUGGGCCGUAAAGAUGAAGCGUACGAACAUGUAAGACGUGGAUUACGCAAUGACCUCAAGUCACAUGUCUGUUGGCAUGUGUAUGGUUUACUUCAACGUUCCGAUAAGAAGUAUGAUGAAGCCAUCAAGUGCUAUCGCAAUGCACUAAAAUGGGAAAAAGACAAUAUUCAAAUAUUAAGGGAUUUAUCCCUUUUACAGAUCCAGAUGCGAGAUUUGGAAGGGUAUAGGGAUACCAGGUAUCAGCUUUUUAUGCUACGUCCAACACAGCGUGCAUCAUGGAUUGGCUUUGGAAUGGCAUAUCACCUUCUCCAAGAUUAUGAUACCGCAUUGAGGAUAUUGGAAGAAUUUCGCAAGACUCAGUUGAAGAGCUCUUUCGACUAUGAGCAUAGUGAGCUUCUACUGUACCAGAAUAUGGUUAUACAGGAAUCAGGAGCAUUGAAGGAAGCUCUGGAUCAUUUAACUCGAUACAGUGAUCAGAUCUGUGAUAAGCUUUCCAUCAAGGAAACCUUAGGCAAACUGAACUUGAAGCUAAAGAGAUAUAAGGAAGCAGAGCUCUAUUAUAAGGAUUUACUUAUGAGGAAUCCAGAGAACACUAUGUAUUACGUCAAAUUACAAGAAGCCCAGCAGUUGUCGACAGCAAAUGAAAAACUAAAUAUGUUUUCUGAAUUCCAAGAAUUGUUUCCCCGAGCACUUGCACCAAGGCGACUUCCACUUACUUUUGCUUCAGGGGAAGAGUUUAGAAUACUGGUCGACAAAUAUCUAAGACAAGGUCUGCACAAAGGUGUACCACCACUGUUUGUGGACCUUAGGUCCCUGUAUAAGGACCCAGAGAAAGUGGUUGUUAUACAAAGGCUCGUCCUGCAGUAUGUUGAUGCACUUCAGAAGGUUGGCAGAUUCAGUGAAGAAGAUUCAGAAAACUCACCCAAGGAACCUGCAUCUGCUCUACUGUGGGCUUAUUAUUAUUUAGCUCAACAUUACGAUUUCCUAGGCAAUACAGAAAAGGCCUUGUCAUACAUUGAUGCAGCACUUGAUCAUACUCCCACAUUGAUUGAGCUGUUUGUAACAAAGGGUAGGAUAUAUAAGCAUGGUGGUGAUGUAAUGGAAGCAUAUAAAUGGUUGGAUGAAGCCCAAGGUCUUGAUACUGCAGAUCGAUAUAUCAAUUCUAAAUGUGCGAAAUAUAUGCUUCGGGCCAACUUGAUCAAAGAAGCAGAAGAAAUGUGUUCAAAGUUUACCAGGGAAGGAGUUUCAGCAAUGGAAAAUUUGAAUGAAAUGCAAUGUAUGUGGUUCCAAACAGAAUGUGCCUUGGCAUAUGAGAGGCUAGAAAAAUGGGGGGAUGCGUUAAAGAAAUGCCAUGAAGUAGACAGACAUUUUUCUGAAAUUAUUGAAGAUCAGUUUGACUUCCACACGUACUGCAUGCGCAAAAUGACGCUGCGAUCAUAUGUGGGAUUGCUGAGGUUAGAGGAUGUUUUACGUGCUCACCCGUUCUACUUCAAGGCUGCCCGUUGUGCAAUUGAGGUCUACCUCAGGCUCCAUGACAAGCCACUUAAAGAUGAGACUGCAGAACAGGAAUUCAAUACAGAAAAUCUUGCCCCAGGAGAAUUAAAGAAGCUGCGUAACAAACAGCGUAAACGACUCCGGAAGGCUGAGCUGGAACGUCAGCAGGCAGCCCAGGCCCAGGAAAAGCGAGAGCAGCAUAACAAAUCGCGGCAGCAGGGCGAUGCUGAACCAGAUGCUCCACAGCAGGAUGAGCUGGUGCCUGAGAAACUUGCCAGGGUGGAGGAUCCACUGGAACAAGCCAUCAGAUUUCUCCAUCCCUUGCAGACUUUGGCUGCAAGGAGAAUAGAAACUCAUUUAAUGGCCUUCGAAAUAUAUUCCAGAAAAAAGAAGCCCCUACUCAUGCUGCAGUCAAUUAAGAGGGCACAUCGCCUGGAUCCAAACAGCCCAAAGCUUCAUUCUUGUCUCAUUCUGUGCCAUGGCUACUUGACUCGGUGGCAGGGAAAUCUGGACGCAGCAGUGGCAACUGUUCUCAAGCAGGAGAUGGAACCUAUCUUUCGAGGAAGAGAUGCACAUCAGAUGAAUGCAGAGUUCCUAGCAGCAAACUCAAAAUCUCUCGAGGCUCUGUUCGAAAGUGCUCGAAUGAUGUAUCAUCUUGAUCCAUCAAAACAGGAGACUGCCAUAAGUCUGGCCACUACCUUGGACAAAGAUAUUGAAGGAGUCAAUUUACAGAACUGUACAAAAGUUUUUCAAGCUCUGAGGAACGAAGAAUUUGGUUCAUGUCCAGAACAAGUGGCAGAGUACGAGGCACGUUGUCACGUCCGGUUUCCCUAUGCUCAAGUCUUCUGCCCACCCUCCACUUCAUGCCAUCCCUCCCCCAUUGCUGAAUCCAAUCACAUUUCUGAUGGGAAAGAGAACUGUGUUAGCAACUGAUGUUGGCCUUCCCCAGCUAGGUGGCCCUCACAUCAUCACUAUUUCGCUAGCAUGCACAGUUCUGCCCAUGUCGGGGACAUUGAUCUGCAGUGAAGUUCAGGUGAGCCCAAAUAGCGGGCAGACUUGACACUGUAGUGAGGUCUUCAUGACGAAUGAACAAAACAGUGUGAAGUUAAGUGCAUGUUGAGUUAAUAAACUCUACUUUGCUACAAGCCUAAUAAUAACUCAAGGAAUUUGUAUGUACCGAUUAUAGGUAUGAGUUUGAUUAACAUUGUUCGGUGAGUAUUAAUGAAAUCAUAUUGAAAUUCUGAAGGAACCAUAAAAGAAUUAGUAAGUGAAUGCUGACUGAAAUUUUAGAUAGGCAGUUACAUCAUAGAUGAACACAUAGAACAUGGGUCGAUGAGAAUGUAUACUAAAAUCAAACAUGGUAAUGUGAUUAAAUUUCUGAACUCAAUAAGAUUUUUUCUCAGCAAGAAGUUCUGUGGAUAAAUAUGUGAGACUUCUGCUACAUAAUUCUCAAAGCAUCAUAAGAUUCUCUUUGUGAUUUCUACAUAAGAGAAGGAUGUAUAUCAGAGGAAGUAAAAAAAAUGUGUCUCAUAGUCAAGUGGUGUGAAGGACUAUUUUCGUCUUGAAAAGUCAAAGAAAGUGUAAGUACAGAAUUGCAGUCAAAAUGAUGUUGCUUCUCUUGUUGCCUGAGCUGUACAAAGUGUAUCAUAAUCGACACAUGUUAACCACUGAAAGCAGAAUUGAAACAUUCAGCCAUGUAAAUGCGUUGGAAUGAGUGGCCAAGAAGUAAUGGGGAUUACCGACAAGAACAGUGGACUCGGAUAAUGAUAACAUAGAGCAAUGGAUGACUAUUAUGUCCAUCUUUUAGGUGAUCUUAACUCAGGUCGUUGCUUGUCUUGAUAAUUUUGCUGUUGUCUUUAGCAGCAGAACAAAUGUGGCUGAUCAUAAAUCUUCUCACUGUCAAAUUGUUGUUGAGUGACUGAGUGCCUGUCUGUCUGUGUGCUCGUAACUCCCUGCUGGAAAUUACCCAUCAUGACUGAAGUGAUGUAUGAUAACAUUUGGUCAGAUUGUAACCAAAUUGCUACAAAGAAACUGGGAGAAUUAAAUUUUACUGAGCUCUAUCUUGUGGUAAACUUAAAAGCCAGCCAUUUUUCUGUUGCUGUAUGUGUGCUGUGUUGAAAGUCACAGUAUUUUUCAUAACUGUUUCCUUGUAAGGAAAGGAGACAAAGUUUGGACCUUGUUAUUUCUAGAAUGAGUAUUCUGUGUAAAAAUGUCUUUGGUGGGAGAAAUGACUAAGAAUUUCUGUAUCAGAAAUGUCUGUUGAGAUAUAACCAAACUUUUUGAAAUGCUGUUUAUUUUUCUAUAAACUCUCCUACUCUUGCACCAUCAUCAUAUGGGAUAGUUGGCUUGAAAGUCUUUCCAUAAGGUAGAGUUCUAUGGGUCUGACUUGUCAGCUUUGUGUUUAAAAGGGAGCAGUCCAUAUGUAUAUUUGCUUUUCUGUCCACUGUUAAGGCAAUAUGAAGGGGAAGGAAAAUGAAUAAAAACUGAUUGUACCCCAAAGCUUUUUAACAGAAGAAUGAUAGUAGCAACACCUUGGAGGUGCUUGACCAAAUUUUACCAGCAAGCUCCUUUCCUGCUGCUAGUAAUUUCUUUUGAUUCACAGAGUAUCUUAUCUGACUUGCUCUGAUACCAUUGUGAUGCAAGUUGGUAUUCCACCAUAAACUGGAUUCAUCAAAAAUAUCUCUGAAAGAAGUUGUGCAGAUAUUCAGAUAAUUCCAAGUAAUUUCCAGGUGUUGCAGUUCCAUAGAUGCCCUUGUGUUAUGGAAA